GUGUAACCAAUCCAUACGACCAAUAGUCUUGCCGUGGCCACUUUGCCAGCUCCUGCAUGCUUUUGAGAUGCAUGUAUUAUACGCACCUUGCACGAUAUGGACUCAGCCCCUUUUUUCUACACUGAGCUCCAGCCGGGUCUCAUAUUGGACCUAAAGGAUCCAAGAAAAAAAACGUUGGGAGCUGAGGAUUGUACACAGCAUAUACCAUCCCUGCAAUCACGGCACGCGGCAGUGAACUGCCACCACUACCCGGGGAAGACUGCAGUUUUCCAUUUGCGGGAUUAUCGCAGCCGUUGAAAGUCGGCUGUCCAACGUUGCAGAUUCCGACAACAGCUGGUUCUAGUCUAGACCAAGCUAAAAAGAAAAACCAAAAAAAGAAGAAAGAUGACAACUCAGCCCUCCCGCCCCAAAAGGCGACAAGACAUUGAAAUCGCGCUAGUAUGCGCACUCCCCAUCGAAUAUGACGCCAUCUGCCUCAGCCUCGACAAGAUCUGGGACGACGAUGACCACGGCAGCCAAGCACACAGCGGGGGAGGCGAGCACCAGAACAAGUACACGACGGGCGUGGUGGGCCGCCACAACGUCGUGCUGGCCCUGUCGUCGGGCACGGGCAAGCUGGCCAUGAACAGCCUGACCAGCGACCUGACGGCGCGCUUCGUGGGGAUCAAGCUGCUGGUGCUGGCGGGGAUCUGCGCCGGCGUGCCCAGCGCCGAGAACGACAUGCUGCUCGGCGACGUCGUCAUCAGCAGGACGCUCGUGCAGUACGACUUUGGCAAGCACGUCCCCGGCGGGUUCGACAGCACCGUCUCGGUGAAUGAGAACCCGCACCCGUCGGUCCGCGCCAUGGUGGUGGCUUUUCAGACGGAGCGGGAGCGGGACAGGCUGGUCGACCGCGCGACCGAGUACCUGGAGGAAAUCCAGGCCAGGGCUGGCAGCAAGAGGCGCAGGGUCGACUACUCCAGGCCCCCCGCCGCGACGGACAGGCUGUUCAGCGCUGCCUACCUGCACCGCCACCGCGGGGCGGACCUGGUCUGCGGCUGCACCGAGGCCAACGUCUGCACCUCGGCGGUGACGCCGACGUGCGACGAGCUCGGCUGCGACACCACCCAGCUGAUGCGGCGCCCGCGGCUCGACCGCGUCGUCGCGGGCGAGGAGCCGGCGGAGCUGGACGUGUUUGUGGGGCGGUUCGGGAGCGGCGACGCGGUGGUGCGGUCGGGCGAGUACCGCGACAGGAUGGUGCGGGAGCACGGCGUGGUGGCCAUCGAGAUGGAGGGCGCGGGGCCCUGGGACGGGGCGCCGUGCGUCGUGGUCAAGGGCGUCUGCGACUUUGCAGACAGCCACAAGAGCAAGAGGUGGCAGCGGUACGCGGCGGCGACCUCGGCGGCGGUGACCAAGGCGAUACUGCAGGGGUGGGUUGGGGGUGGUGGCGGGGGUGAGGAAAACAACAGUGGCCUGGGGGAGCCUGGUGGGUUGCCUGCUGUUCCUUGGCUGGCCAAAACACCCGGGGCGGUCUAUAAUACGGGAAAUAUGUUUGCGCACAACACUUAUAACGGAGAUAAUGUAUUUAAUUUUAGCAAGUAGAUUUAUAACCGACUUUCAUUAUGAG